GCGACGUCUUUGUGAAUAACAAGAUUUUUUUUUUCUUUAACGUUAGAUAUCCGAAGACUGUGUCUCUGCGUAGUUUACCACACACAACUCGUACACACUACAGAUGCAUUCAUAAACAAUAUUUUAAAGUUAUUAAAGAUUAUGCUACAAUUAUUUGUAGCAAGUUCACCAGAUCGCUUUACAAAUCCAGCUAGUAUUUAACAUGUUGUACCUGGGCCUUAAAAUGAGUAGUACUAGAAGUGAGUUUGAGAUGAAAAGAUGAAUUGGCCACAGAAGGCAAUGCUAUUGACACAGAAUUCACAGGUCUUGUUGUGGAACCAGAGAACAACCCUAGCCUCUUUGACACAAGUGAAGAGCGCUACCAAAAACUCCGCAAGAAUGUAUCACGUUUAUCGGUUUGUCAAAUUGGUUUGUCAAUUUUCAUCCAAGACAAAAGCAGUAACAGUUAUGAAGCUCACACCUUCAAUAUACCUCUGAUGCCUGUAAGCUUUGGAAGUGUAGAUAGCUGUUUUGUAUGGCAGGCAUCCAGCAUACAGUUUUUGUGUCAGUUCAACUUUGAUUUCAACAAGUUUGCUUAUGAAGGAGUUCCCUUUCUGAAUGAAGACCAGGAGAGGGAGUUGUGCCAGUGCAUCAGCUCAGGUGUAUUAUUCUCUGGACUCCACAGACCAUUGGAUGAAAGUUUCAUCCAGUCACUGUGUUCUAUGGUGGCAACUUGGUAUGUCAGCAGUUCUGUGGGCCAGACCUUCACACUGCAUCAGCAGCCAUCUGAUGGCAAGUUGUGGAAUGACUUCAUCAUCCAAACAGAAAUUCGCAAACGGUUUCCUGAAGUCUGGACCUCAAUUGAUCCUUUUAAGAAUAUUGCCAUUGAACGAAUAACUCCAGAGAGGCGGAAAGAAUUAGAGAUGAAAAGGGAAUCAGAUAAAGAAAGAGAUCAAGAGAGAUUGAAACAAUCCUUACUGGGGUUUACACGAGUGUUUCGUGUCAUGAGGGAAUACCAAAAGCCUCUGGUAGGACACAACAUGUUGAUGGACUUAUUGUUCCUUUUUGACAAAUUCAUUCACCCACUUCCUAUCAAAUACUGCAGUUUUAAAAAGCAGCUGCAUGAAAUCUUUCCCAAGAUCUUUGACACAAAGCACAUGGCUUUCAAGACAAGGAAAGUGCUUGAAAGAAUACUAAGAAGGGAUAUCAAUGGCCCUGUUAGUUUGAUGCAGUUGUGCCACAUCCUAGAAAGUGGUCGAGUAACAAACAGUGUCAUGCAUAUGCCUAAGAUUUCAUUUGCAAAAGGAUUUGACCGAUACUUGAGUAAGGAUGCACCACAUGAAGCCGGCUUUGACUCAUACCAGUCUGGAAUCAUUUUUCUACGUUUAUGCCACAUCAUUAAAUUUGGAAAUGAAAGGAUAAUCACUACCUGUCCAUGCUCAUUUAACAUGUACCUUUCAGCUGCUGCACCUUAUUGUAACUGUAUUAAUGUCAUCCGGGCCACUCUCAACCACAUUUCAUUGGAUGGCAGAGACCCUCCUAUUACUCGCCCAGAACACCUGUUUGUUACGUGUCGGAAACGAAGUCAAAGGUUGAAUAUACAGCAGCUAGCUGAGUGGUUUUCGUCAUAUGGCACGGUAGAUGUCCAGUUAAAAAAUUCCAGGACAGCACUUGUGGCAGCUGGAAAUUUUUCUUGUGCUAAGGCAAUCCUCACAGCGUUCCAAGGUCACCAUUACAUCAGAGUGACGAGAUAUCACUUCUGGAAACAUUCACCAGCAGCAAAGCUGGUUUUAUGGUCAGGACUUGUGUUAUCAGGAGGAAUCUGCAUAUGGGCCUUUGCUUCUUUAAUCAAAACAGAUUCCUAGUCUUUGAGUGUGUUUCAGUUGACUGAGAAAUGGAUGUUUUCUGAAGUGAAAUUGAGAGGUUAAUAGAACAUAGUGCUGACAUUAGUUCACAAGAACUUGUGAUUAUUAUCAUUUUUUGAGGGUUUUUUUGGCGGAAGAAGCAGACAUAGCAUGAUCUGAAAUUUGUUUGAGUCGCUGAAGGCUGACGUGAACAGAGUUGUUUGCUUACACUUUGGGACUAUUUGACACCAGUUUACUUCCUGGGUUAACCUUUAAAACUAAAAGGAUGGACAUUUGUGAUCAGCUAAAAAUGGGGAAAGCUUGACUAAGCAGCUUCAAAAGAACAGCGUGUUUGUUUUGUCUUUCAAAAAGGUCUUAUGUGUGCUGUGAUAAUACAGUCCAACACAUUUAUGCAUAAGAAUACUGGCCAAGGAAACAUUAUUGACAAUACAUGCUAAUAGUAAACACAUUCUUAGGACAAACGAUUAAGAAAACUACUAGAACAACAGAUCAGACUUCCCUCACUAGAUGUUUGUGUAUUGGGAAAGUGAGGAUAAUUUAAUUUCAGAAGUUACCUUGAUCUGGUAGGUAUAAGCGACCAUGGCAUUUCAAUGUUCUAAAAGUAUGUUAUCAGAAAAUGAUAACCAACAAAGGGAGCAUGGGUAUAAUUUAAGUAAAGGUACUUAUGGUAAACUAAAAGAGACCAUGAGUAUUUGGGGGUAGCAGGAAUGGAAGUUGGCUGGUGCAAUAUGAAAAGAGAGGUAUAAAGAAGUAAAAUGAAUGUAUGAAUUAGAAAAAUGUGAAAGGACUAUGAAUAACAAGUAGGGUACACCCUAAAAAGAUUUGGAAAUAUGUUCAGGAGGAAAUUAUGGUGAACACAGGCAUUACUACUUUGAGGAACAAAAAGGUGGCUGAUUGCCGAAUGAUGAUGAGAACACAGAGGCUCUAAGUUUGUUUCUUGCCAGUGUUUUAUGCAUAAAGAUAGAAAAAAAUUACCCAUAACAGAAGGUUCCUAUUGAAGAGGACCACUUUUGACAGACACAAGACUAAUGGUUUUAGCCAUUCAAGAAAAACUGACAGAAAACCCAUGUAAGGUCCUGAUGAUAUCUCCAAGACUACUGAUUAUUGAGUAUAUAGGGCUAUCUGUUCCAUUGUGUUCUUUGGAAUUGGGUAACAACUUUAAAUGUGAUCUUGGUAGUUAAAGACCAAUGUAUUGUGUGUUAAAUUUUGGAGAGAGUGGUCAGAUGAUUAAGCAUUUCUUAAAUAAGAAAUUGUACACAGAGUGUCAACAUAGUUUCAGGAAGGAAAGAUCUUGUGUGACUUAUUUGAGAAUGUAACUUCUUUAUGAGAUAAUAUUAGGGCAUAGAUGUUGAAUACCUUGAGCUUUUGAUUCUGUCCUACAUGAGAGUAAAGUUGGCUUCCUAUGGAGUU